AGUGUGAGUGAGGUGAGGGGCUCGGCCCAGCUCUGCCGAGUGAGUUGCCUUUCUUUCUUUCGUUCACACCCUCCAUCAGCCAUAGCCAGCCAUCUCCCCCCGCGCCCCCUCCCCCUCUUCCUCUCUCUCUCUCUCUGACAUCGUCACCCCUUCUUCUCUGCCUCCAUACCCGCGUUCCUCCUGCCGCUGCUCUCGGCGAACUUCUCCCUGCUGACCGCGCUUUAUGCAGCACGAUUUGGUGCCGUUUUGACCCCGAACGGACUGGAAUUCGCGCUUCUAGGGUUUGGAUGAUCGUUCUGGUGGUGGUGGUGGUGGUGGUGCUGGACAGGGAAGAGGCGGCAGUGGUGCGUGGUGCCGUGCUUCCUGUUGUUGGUCGUAGUGGAAGCUUGGAUGUGGUUUCGAGUGCGAGCGUGAUUGCUAGGUCUGGUCGGAUCUGUGGAGGAAUUCUAUCGGGGAGUCUGGAGCUGCUCGGAUUGCGCGGGGUUGUGCGCGCGCUUUGACGGGGAAUGGCAAUGUCGUCAACCGCGCGGAAUUUCGAGCUUUGUGCUGUGAAUUGAUGUUGAAUACUUAGACGGGGGUGUAUAUAACGUUUAUUGAAGUCUGCCGAUUUUUUUUUUUUUUUUUUUUUUUUUUUUUUUUUAAAGAAGUAAAAAAAGAAGAAAAAAGUAGAAAAGGAUUUUGCCAGAGUUUCUUCUAAUUGCCGUGUGGGGAGCAAUCGUUCAUAGAAUUGGUAGUCGGGCGGUGUUCACAUCUAUUGGGAUGAUCUGAGUGAAGGCACAGGCAUGCUGUUUUUCCUGAGGCGCAUGAUUACCAGGGCGGAGCACGGCGUCGUGUCAGUUUUGUAUCGGUAUUAGCUGACCUAGAACCUUCCUGGUUCAUUUGUAAUAUAUUGAGCGAAACGACAAGUAUUGUGACGUGCUAAUUUAGUAUUUUCCAGCGAGAAUUUUUAUGGAGAGUUGGCUUUUUGGGGCCACUUCACCCAAUUUCGAGUGAGAUGAGGUUAUGGUCAAUAUCAACGAUUAUUUGUUCGAUUGGAUUCUUCGUCUAAUGUGGUUGAAGCCCUGUCAUCAUGGCAGUUCCUUGGAAGCAUGUUAAACUUGUGCCGUGUUGGUUAUCGCGGCAAUUGGUUAUAUGCAAUUGAUUAUAGUUUUGAAUAGACAGUUUAGGUUUCCGACCGGCUCAGCAGUUAAAGAGCUUGUAUGAGUGUAAAUCCUCCUUCGAAUUGUGCCACAAGAAAAUACAUAUAUAUAUGACAAGUCCAGGAAUCGUAUGCUUUUAGCACGCAAGUUUUCAAUUGCAUUUUUGGUUUCUUGGGUGGAAAAUAGUGUUUUUCGAAGAGAAUACAGCUGGAGAUAAGGCCGAGGCCAUCUUACAUGACUGACUUAGCGGUGCGCCCGAACCACAUGGAUUUCAACUAUCUCCAGCGAGUGAAGGUUUAUCGCCUCAAUGACGAGGGCAAAUGGGACGACAAAGGAACAGGUCACGUGUCUGUUGAGUAUUUAGAGGUUGGUUGUUGCUUGAUGCAGCGCUCGGAUGCAGUAGGUUUAGUGGUCAUUGACGAGGAGGACAAUCAAACCUUAUUGGUUCAUCGGAUUUCAGCAGAUGAUAUAUACCGCCGUCAAGAAGACACUAUCAUCUCAUGGACGGAUCCAGAAGUGGCAACAGAUUUGGCUCUCAGUUUUCAAGAGACAAUGGGUUGUUCCUUCAUAUGGAGGCGUUGUCAUUACCGCAGGGAUCAAAUAUGCAGUGUGCAACGUUCAAUUCACUUUCCAUCAGUGGGAGGCAUGGAGGGGAGUACACGUACAGCGGGUGACGAUUUAGAUCAUUCGGGUACUUCGCAGGAUGAUGAUGAUGCGUUCCGUGAAGGUGGAGGUGGUGAAGUGCUGGAACUUCCGCCCGUGGAGCUUUCCACUCUUCCUCUCAUUGCCAAGACUGUUGCAGAAGUUAUGCCUUUUGAUCGUGAUAGGGUGGCCUCCAUGAUUGUUCGCGAUCAAAAUUACAUACCCAAACUUGUACAGCUAUUUCACACUUGUGAGGACCUGGAGAAUCUUGAAGGGCUGCGGUUGAUUUUCAAGAUUGUGAAAGGAAUCAUCUCUCUAAAUGAUGGGCAUAUUUUUGAUAUCAUAUUCAGCGAUGAUUAUAUAAUGGAUAUAAUCGGAGCUUUGGAAUAUGAUUCUGAUGUGACAAAAGCCCGAGGUCACCGCACCUUUCUCAAGGAGCAGGUUGUUUUCAAGGAGGUGGUUCCUAUACGGGAUCCAGUUAUCUUGUCGAAGAUCCACCAAACGUAUCGGAUCGGCUAUAUAAAGGAUGUUAUAUUACCUAGAGGGCUGGAUGACCCUACUUUUGCUACACUCAACUCAAUCAUACUCUUCAACAAUGUUUCAGUGGUGACUGCACUCCACAACGACUCUGCUUUUCUGUCGGAACUUUUCUCAAAACUUCGCUCGCCCGAAAUCUCGGAGAGACAAAGGCGGGACUUGGUGUUUUUUAUUCAAGAGUUUUGCAACUUGAGCAAGCAUCUUCAACCUCUUGUGCGAAGCCAGUUGUUCAGUGCACUUGCUAAAGAGGGAUUGUUCGAAAUUGUGAAAGACAUCCUUAAGGACGCAGAUGAGGCUGUCCGACUAAGUGGGUGUGAUAUCUUAAUUGUAAUUAUGAACCACGACCCAACAUUACUUCGGAGUUUUUUGGUGCACCAACCGUCCUACACAUUGUUCAGUGAACUGGUUGAAGGUAUGUUAACUCCUAGCGAAGGUGGAUUGCAAGCUCAACUUCUGGAAAUUAUGCGUAUGCUCCUGGAUUCAGAGACGUUGGAGUUACCAGCCGUUGACAGAAGCCUUUUUCUGGAGAUAUUUUAUGAUAAAUACAUGGAUCAAAUGGUUCAACUUCUUACGGACGGUUGUCCAUCAGAGUCAGGUAACCUAGAGCCAGCUAAUGACUCUGUCGAUGCUGGAAAGAGGACGAGGCGAAUAGUUUCCCCUGAGAUUCUUGGAAACAUUUGCGAGCUGAUGUGUUUUUGUGUCCAGCAUCACCGGUUCAGAAUCAAGUAUUAUGUAAUGAAACAUCAUGUAGUGGAAAAAAUAUUGAAGCUGGUUCGCAGGAAGGAGAAGUAUCUUGUUGUGGCUGCUGUGCGAUUUUUAAGAACAUGUGUUUCUUUGAAGGAUGAAUUUUACUUCCGGUACAUAGUGAAGCAUAAUCUGUUUGAGCCUAUUAUUGGAGCUUUUGUGGCUAAUGGAAACCGCUAUAAUCUCCUUAAUUCAGCUGUAUUGGAGCUUAUUGAUUUCAUUCGAAAAGAGGGCAUCAAAAUUCUCAUAGUUUAUCUAAUUGAGAAGCACUCUUCAAAAUUAGAAUCCAUUGACUAUGUGGACACGUUUCGGGCGCUGAAAUUGAAAUAUGAUCAACUUUUGGAAGGUCCCCCCAGCACAAGAGACGCAGGAGGUGCUAUUACAAGUGGCACCCCUAAUCAUGGUUCACGGAUGGGAUGUGAUAGGCUUAGCCAAGCAGGUCUUCCUGACACCCGUCGACGAAAGGAUGAGCGAGCAUUGGACAAAGACGAGGAGGAGUAUUUCAAUGAGGACAGUGACGAUGAGGAGGAUACAGCAACUGCAAGGGUAUGUACACCCUCACAGCUGCAUUCAAAACAACCAGUUACGAUAAACGGCAGUGCCUUAGGUGCUGUUCCCUCAAGGAGAACCACCGUUGGUCUAGUAGAUUAUGAAGAUGAGGACGAGGACUUGCCUCCAGCAUUGGGCAUCAAUCGCAAAGAUUCAGGUGGGGUGUUAGAUAAGAAGUCGGAGAGUAUACCUCCAGCAACCUUCCUUACAGACCCUAUUUGGCAAGAAGUAGAAGAUGGAAGUAUAUCUAAGCGAAAAGUUUAUCUUGCCCCAAACUCGGAACCACCCGGUACGACCUCAUUCAAGAGGCAAAAGCCCGAGGAUGGUCACGCAGCUGACCGCUCCAACAGCGAGCCUUAUCUUUCUGGUCUCGUUGAUUCUAGUGGAGCCGAGUCUGUCGAAACGUGUUCGGAGGUUCCGGGGUUGGCCAAAUCAAGUAUUUUGGGCUCUAUACCUCCAGCGCAAGAUAUCACUUCGAAGAUGUGUAAAGCUGAGGAUUCAAUUGCAACGUCAGUAGACCAGCAUGGGCCAGGUGAUAUGAAUCAGGCAUCCAGCUCAGAUCAUACUGGUCGGGGUAAUCCUGAAGUAAUAUCUGACAUGGACGUUCAGCAUGCCCAUCAAGAUUCGGAGACAGCUGCUUCAGAGUCUGGCUCUGCACCUCUCGGUGACAUUGUGGACUUAGUCGCUACUGAAGCACAGUUGUUGAAUGAUAGGCCUGCCGAAGUUGCAUCUGUCGAGAUGGAAAAGGCAUCUGCAUGUGUGGAGGACAACAUUUCUAAGAAUGGACCAGAAGACCUCUUGAGGGAGAAAUGUGUAAAUGGAGGUGAGAGCCCUCCCAAGUCCUUGGACGUGGGUUGCUCUUUUGCUACAGAGAGGGGCUCUACUCAAAAUGGUUUAGACUGUUAUUCAGUCGAAGAUUGUAAUGGGUCUACAUCUGAGAGCUCAGAGAGGGUAGGGGUUGGAGCCAUCCCCAUCAAAGGUGUUAGUGACAGUAGCAGUAGCGUUUUGCAACAGAGUGCGAGCUUAGGUAGUGAAGGCAACAAGGUGUCCAACUUAGGUACUGACAUUAUGAGGGCUGUUACUCCUACAUCACCAGGACCUUAUACUGUUCGAUAGUAUGAUCCUAAUUUUUGAAUCCACUGGUGUAUAGCCCGUGAAGCUCUUGUUUCAUGUUGCUAAUGCCUGCAUUGUCCACUCCAGCUCUCUUCUCUGAGUUCAGCCACUGCUGUUCUCUUUUGCUUCUGAAUCGAAACUCGAGAGUUGGAAUAGA